CGUUGCAGCUGCUUAGGCCGCAGUGCGGCUCAGUUGAUCCAGCAACAGUUGCCGGUGCGCGGCGAGGGGAAAGAUAAUGCGCUGCUAUUCGUUGUUUUAUCUCGCCGGAUUUACGUCUCGCCGCACGCUGCCAACAGUUGCUAGGUCGAGUGGGUCGCGUUGUGGCCUGAGUAGUUGCAACGCUUCUCCAAUCAUCUAUGUCGGCGCGCUCCCAUUCCUCAGAUUUCUGUCAUUAAUAACUCGAUAAUUAUUGCGAAUCUCGCAAAAUGGUAUGGGACUUUUAUGUUUGUUUUAACCCAAUCUACCUUCACAUUUCGGAUUGUAAACUUAUAACCCCCUACCCUGUAUAAUUUCUUAUUUAUAAUAGAAUAUGUACUCCUUUAUUUCCUUUUGGAAACAACAAGUGAAUGAUACAAGUGAAUGAUAUCACGACAAUUAUCUGUGAGUUCCAAUAACGACAAAUGUGCCACUACUGCUGAAGAUAUGUCGGAAGAUAGUGAUGAAAGUGUUAACGACUCAAAUUUACCUGACAAUCCAGGAGAUAGUGCUAAUGCAAAUACCAGUACGGAUGACAGCUCUGUAGUUCAUAGAGCAGACUCUGAUACUGUAUCGAUAUCAGAUGAUUCAAACAGUUCGAGUAGAAACGAAAGACGAAGCGUGUUUGAUAUUCUAGAUAAUAAUGAUGUAUCUAAUUUAGAUGAAAUGUUUCAAGACUAUGAAGAAUGUUUCGAGUUUGCAGGAAAAGCAGAUUUUGUUUCAGCAGAGAGCAAUGAUCAGGAACAAGUUCCAUUAUAUGAACGAUCGAAUAUAUCCAAGAUAGAAAGUGAACUUCUCAUAUUAAACUUUGCGAUACGACACAAUCUGACUAAUGUUGCUAUUGAAGACCUCAUCGCUUUGAUAAAUUGUCACUUACCAUACUCGGUAUACCAUACGAAGCACAUAUUUAUGAAGAAAUAUGAUACUCCAGCGUCAAUAUGUAACUGCUAUUAUUGUCCAGAGUGUUAUAUAAAGUUUAAAACACUUGUUGCGGAUAAUAAACCGGAAGAAAACUUUGUUUGUCGAGAAUGUCAAUGUAGAUAUAACAAAUAUGCAUUGGAAAAAAAUAGGAACUAUUUCCUAUAUUUGCCUUUGGAGCAGCAGUUGCGCGACUUUGUGAAUAGCAAAAGUAUACUAUGCUUCAAAGAGAAAACGAUAAUUAUUCUGAUAUAACUUCCGGAAAGUUUUAUACAUUUUUAAAAGAUAUAGGGAUAAUUCAAUUACAUGAUAUCACGCUGCAAAUUAGUACUGACGACGUUCAAGUGUUUCGUUCAUCGUCUGUAUCUAUGUGGCCUAUAUAAGCGAUGGUGAAUGAAUUGCCGUACAGAGAAAGGAGAAAAAAUAUGAUGUUAUGUAGCUGUGGUAUGGUAAAGAAAAACCUGAUAUGAAUUUAUUUUUAUCUUUACUCGUUAAAGAAUUGACCUCCAUGCAUGAAAUAGGUAUUACGUAACGUAGGCGUAACGUGCUUGGUGAAGAAGAAAUUCGUAUUAGAGUACAUACAAUCGCGUCUCCUGUAGAUUCUGUCGCGCGACCUUUGUUACGAAAUAUAAAACAAUAUAACGGGAGCUUCGGAUGCAGUUUUUGCUUGCAUGAAGGUAUACAAGUUGAAAUUGGUAGAGGAAUGACAAGAAUAUAUCCCGGUUGCGUACAGGAACUGCAUACAUCGCGCCAACAUGAAGUUGAUUGUGAAAUUGCUAUGCAAACUCGAACUGUAUCUCACGGUGUGAAAGGGCAAUCGAUUUUAAUGCUCUUACCAGUUUUUAACAUUACGUUUUCGUUUACACCUGAUUACCUUCAUACUGUUUUACUGGGAGUGUGUAAAACUUUUACGGAUGCCUGGUUUAAUUCGUCAAAUCACGAAAAAAUCUGGUAUAUAGGAAACAAAAUAAAGCUUAUUGAUGAAAAACUUCUGCAAAUAAAGCCACCGUGUGAGAUUACUUGAACGUCCAGAUCUAUCAAUGAAAGAAAUUUAUGGAAAGCAUCAGAAUGGAAGCAUUUCUUACUUUACUACUCUCUUAUUUGUUUACAAAAUGU